GCGAAGAGGGUCUUACACCGACCACGGCUGCUGCGCUGGCGGCCACAGAGGAACAGUUCCCUUACGUCCUCUUCUCCGCGCCGCCGGGCCGGUCUGGGGGAGCGGAGGAGUAUGCGGCAGCAGUGGCGGAGGCUUUCCGGCACUGGAGCGGGCAGGGAGGGGUCUUUACCUCCUCAGCGGGCGUCUUCGCCGAGGAUGCAGGCGGCCGCGUAGACGAGGCUUCGCCGGUGGCAUCCACUGCCUCCGCCUCGCGGCUGCUGGCUGCCGAGGCGGCCGCCAGCAAGGCUGGUGCCGCAGUCCUCAGGCUCGGUGGGCUCUACGACAUCGACCGCGGGCCACACUCCUAUUGGCUGAAGGUAGGUGCUGUCAAGGGCUACCCAGAGGGCCUCAUCAACCUCGUUCAUUAUGAUGAUGCCGCGGCCGCAGCAGCUGCCGCCCUGGCGGCGCACGCCGGGGAGAUCUUCGUCGUUGCCGACGGCGAGCCCAUCAGCCGUCGCGGCAUCUGCGAAGCGGCCCUGAAGUCGCAGCGUUACAAGGAUGCUGCAAUGCCCAACUUCGAGGCAGCAGAUGCACCGGGGGGGCGGGGCAAGGUUCUGGAUGCCUCCCGUUUUCGUACCAGCGUCGGCUGGAAGCCGGAGUGCAGCUCUUUCGCAAGCUUUAUGGCUGCUCACUGA